CCUUUUCGGUUGAACCGGACCAGACCACGUUUCUCCUUCCUUCCUUCUUCCACCGACCUCGCCGGCGGCGGCGGCGGCGGCAGCUAGGGAUGGGGAUGGGUGUGAAGGCAGUGGUCGGCGACGAGGCGCAGCUCAAGGCCCUGGAGAACACCCUCUCCUCCUCCGCCCCUCCAGCCCAGGUGGGGCUCGUGGUCGGCAAGCUCAGCCCCUCUUCCGACCGUGCCCUCGCCUACUCCCUCAUCCCCACGCCGCCCACCGAUGCCGGCGAUCCCCCCUGCUCCCUCCGCGCCAAGCCCAAGCCCAAGCCCAAGCCCAAGCCCGCCGACUCCACCUCCUCGCUCGACUUCGAUGUGGACUGGGUCGCCGAGCACGCGCGCCAGGUCUCAAGAAUGCUCCUCGGAGGAAUGAGCGUGAUAGGUAUUUACAUAUGGGCGUCAGAAGCCUCCUUCAAAGCGACUUCCCCUGCUGUUUUAUCACAGGUUGUUAGAGCUGUUUCGCAGGUAGUUCCUUUGUAUGACAGUGCUGUUGAUGAGAGGCUGCUCAUUCAUAUUUCUUACAGCCCAAGGAGGUCGGCUUGUCGUAUAUGCGAUAUGAGCUCAGGGAGUUUAAGGCCAUGUGACUUCAAAUAUAGUAAACUAUUAGCUUCUCUUCAAACUUUCAGAUGCACAUAUAACUUUGAGAUAAGAGUGCCAGUUGUUCAAGCUGAACCUUUUAAGAAAGUUGUUUCAAAGGCAAUCAGUAAUCUCACAAAGGAAGUGCAGAAUGCCAAAGCUUUGAUUGAUGGAAUCCUGUUUUCGGAUGCCAUGGACAAUACUUUGGAGGGGCCUCACAAUGUUGAAUUUCUUGUGCCUUUCAAGAACAAUUUACCUGCUGAAGAAUGCAGUUUAGAGGGGGUUUCUGGGCUACUACUCUUUGCUGGAUCUGUCAGCGCCUUGGCAUACUUAGGCCCAAAAGAAUCUGUUUCAGAAGCUAUAUCUGAUCUAAAGCUGGACAUCAUCACAAGCCUGAGAAGCAGAUUGGAUAUCAUACUAGAUGAGGCAGAUGGUGAAUCUACUACUGAUAAUUUGGAGAAUUCACUGUCUCAGAAGGCCGCCCAAGUUGUUUUUCAUGAACUGAGAGCACCUUACAGUUUUCCAUUCCCUAGAAGAAUUCUGAUACCUUGGUUGGCUGGCUCCUAUGUUUGUGAUUACCUUCAACAGUCUGAAACAACGGAGGAUGCCAUGGAGCGCUGCAGGGAAGUGAUGUCGCUUGAAGCAGAUAUGGGAAACUAUUCAAUCGUAGAACCAGAAAGUGCAUCGUGUACCACGCUAGGAUCCUUCUGGGACGUGGUACCUGGAGCUUUAUCAAAAGCGCCUUCGGAACCUGGUCGGAAAGAGAUACAGUCUGCAGAGAAUGGUUUGAGGAGGACACAUGGCAGCAGUUUCAGCAUUCUAGCUGCGUUAGUAGCACUACUGAUUGCUCUGUUGGUUGGAUACAUAUUCACAUUCUCUGCCAUCUUGAAGACCUGAUUAUGUCAAAUCAAAGAAGAUUGCAUAUUUUCUUUGUCCAGAAAGAAUAACUCGUAGGAACUCAUCUUUAUAUGAAGAAAAUAGUGGACGAGUAGAUAACUAAAAAUCUGGUAUUUCUUGUCGGUGCUCCAACAAAUCCCUAUGUUGUGUCAUGUGUGACAGCUGCAGUGAGACAUGAACCGUCGAAUGUGCCGCACAUCCAUAUUGAUGAGAGUGACAACUGUGUAAGCCUUUCGGUUCACCAUUAUUGCCUACGCAGUCCUAUAUAUUCCUAGUAGUAAGAUUCGUCACUUUCUUUCCAUCCAACCCAUUCCGGACGGCAUGGUAUGUAUUGUUGCGAUUGUCUUAUGGCAUCGAAUGCGUGUCCUAAUAUUUGCACUA